UGUAUAGUGUUGUAGACUUAACGUGUUGAGGUUUAGUAUAGAAAUAUGGCAGUUUGAAUGAUAAAAGUAUACAGUUCUCCUCCAAAAACUUUACAGAUGUAUCUUUCUUGUGGGAACAUUCACUGGUCUUUGUUGCUUCACUGCGCAGAAAAAGAGUUCCUGUUCCUUUAAGGGAUUUCUCCAAAAUGCAGAGUAGUGACGUUGCCUAUAUUCCAUAUUCAGAGAUAGUCCUGUGGAGGAGUGUGGAAUCUCCUACUGUCAGACUACUUCUCCACUGGUGCUGAGCAGAAAAACAGAACAGAACAUUUCUUCAUCAUGAACACAGACAAACAUCCUGAGUUUAACUCCCAAGAGGGAAAAGGGAUGGAUAUUUGCAGUGAAGUUGCAGAUGUGAAGCCGAAGGAGGAGAAAGGAGAGAGGAAGGAUAACACGAUCAAUGAGAACGGAAUUCAGUGUGCUGAAGGUGUGAUAAAGACUGAGGCAGAAGAGAUGGAAGAUAACCAGCAGUAUAUCAAGGCUGAAAAAGAAAAUGACAUUUUUCCAAAAGAGGAAGGAGAAAGAGGCAGCGAGGAUGGGAUGGAAGAAGGACUUGAUGAGGAGAGGACAGAGGAGGAUGAAGAUGAGGACAGGGAUGGGGAGGGAGAUGAAGAGGGAGACCCCCUGAACGAACCACAGGACCUGUCGCUCGUAGAUUAUUCGCGUUACGACAAUGUGAACCUGCCGGACACCCACACAGCGACAGCCACGGCAGAGGGAGCGAUAAUGCCCGGAGCCCAUACCACCCCCCGCAUCCACCCAACCAGCAAACUCAGCUGUGACAUCUGCGGCCUGUCCUGCGUCAGCAUUAACGUACUGCUGGUGCACAAGCGUAGCCACACGGGUGAAAGGCCAUUCCACUGCACCCAGUGUGGGGCCUCAUUCACCCAGAAGGGAAACCUGCUUCGCCACAUCAAACUGCACUCCGGGGAGAAGCCUUUCAAAUGCCCCAUGUGCAGCUACGCCUGCCGUCGACGCGAUGCUCUGAGCGGCCACCUGCGCACCCAUUCUGUAGAGAAGCCCUUCAAGUGCAACCACUGCAGUCGCAGCUACAAGCAGCGAAGCUCCCUUGAAGAGCACAGAGAGAGAUGCCAUGUGUACAUUCAGAGCAAAGGUGCCGCUGACAGAGAGGACAACCACACAUCUAGAAAUCAGAUGGGCACUGAGCGUGCUCUGCUGCUCGACAGGCUUGCCAGCAAUGUCGCCAAACGGAAGAGUUCAAUGCCACAGAAGUUUACUGGCGACAAUGGUGUCUGCUUGGACCUGAGCUUUAACAGGGAGUUGGUUCCCCGACCAGACAUCCAGGACCCUCCAAGUUCUCCGGGACCGGAUGCUCAUAUCCAACAGCAGUCAAUCCUUGCAUGUCCUGAUGGUGACCCGUUGCCCUCCCACAGGCCGUACCCGAUCCCAUUAACCCGCAAUGACCUCAGCCCUCUGGGCCUCACCAACGGCCACAAAAUGGGCAUGUCAGUGUUGGGCCUCCCUCCCAGUGCCCAGCCCCCCCUCAGCAUCGACUCUUUCCACACUGAUGUCUCUCAGCCCGUCAUGUACAGCUUAGGGCACCUGUUGGGGGGACUGAACCACCAGAACGGUGUCCCUCACCCACACGCCCAGCCAGUUCCUUUGUCACCGCUGGAGGCUUUGCGGGUGGUACGGGCAGAUGGGGAGGCGGGGGGCCCACUUGGGGCGGUGUACCCCUGUGGUCACUGCAGGGUCAUCUUUCUGGACUAUGUCAUGUUCACCAUUCACAUGGGAUGCCACGGCUUUCGCGACCCACUCGAGUGCAACGUGUGUGGCCACCGCAGCCGGGACCGUUACGAGUUCUCGUCCCACAUAGCCCGCGGUGAGCACCGCCUAGAACUGAAGUAGCUUUCAUUCAUGCACAUACACAUAUCAGACAGAAAAACUUACUCAUCUAAGUAGCUGGUAGUAUUACAAAUGAAAGCAUGAAGUAGCAGCUCUAUCUUUUGUGUAUUUGAGUACAUGUUAGAGUGUAGUGUGUGUGUGUGUGUGUGUGUGUGUGUGUGUGUGUGUGUGUGUGUGUGUGUGUGUGCGCAUGUGUGUGAGAGAAAGAGAGAGAGAGAGAGAGAGAGAGAGAGAGAGAGAGAGAGAGAGAGAGAGAGAGAGAGAGAGAGAGUAGAGGUGGUUUAGUCAUCCUGAAGUGGUAUCAGUCAUAUUGAAUCCAUCUGAAAAAGUAUCCCAUAAAGUGUUUGAGGAGGAGUGAUUCUAUUUCUUUUUGCUACAUUUGUACAUAAUAACUCCUGCUGUUGUUGCUUUUUAAGUAGAAUCACUUUCAGAUGUUUAACAAAGUAGCAAAACUUAAAGAUUUUCAUUGUUUUUCAGUUGUCUCUGUUUUCUUGUUAUCUGUAUAAAGGUGUAAAAAAUAAAAGUAAUCCAUUUUGCCCUCA